CGGCACACUGUGAGAAGUCUCCCUCCCUCCUUGUCUGUCUCUGGGUCUCUGUCUGUUUGCAAGCCUGCGCUUCUCACCCAGGUGAGACAUUUGUGGAGUGCCUCAAUGGAACCGCGACCCCCCACCGAGAAGAUGACAGAGCCCACACCGCCAGACUCCACCACUGUCCCGGACCCAGCUGUAGUUGUGGACCCCACGGUGGUAAACGGACGGUGCGAGCAGGCGGACUCUCUACAGCAGCAGCCCAACACAGAAAAUCACGCAGAGGGCUUUAAAAUGGACCAAGAGAUGAAGAUAAAUGACAGCAUAGAGGACAGAGCUGUUUCUAUCACGCGCCACAGUGCUUCAGCUUUUGGAUUUGCCUUUGAUGCCACGCUGGAUGUGUUGUCAUCUGUGAUUGUAUUGUGGCGAUACAGCAACGCCGCAGCUGUCCACUCAGCGCACCGCGAGUACAUAGCUUGUGUUAUCCUGGGUGUGGUUUUCAUCCUGUCCUCCUUAUGCAUUAUGGGUAAAGCCAUCCACGAUCUGGCCACCAAACUGCUACCAGAAGUGGACGACUUCCUGUUCAGCGUGUCCAUUGUCAGCGGUUUGAUGUGCAUCAUAUUGGCUGUAAUCAAGUUCAUGCUCGGCAAAGUACUGACAAGCCGAGCUCUCCUCACUGAUGGAUUCAACUCACUGCUGGGGGGGAUCAUGGGCUUCUCCAUCCUGAUCAGUGCUGAAGUCUACAAGAACGAGCCCAAGGUGUGGUACCUGGAUGGAACAAUAGGUGUCCUGAUAGGUCUGAUCAUCCUCGCCUAUGGAGUUAGACUGCUCCUGGACAUGGUCCCCCGCGUCCGACAAACCAGGAACUACGAGCGCUUCGAGUGACGGAUCAUCAAGGGCGGGUUUGGGAGUGACUGGCAGGAUGGGGACUGUAGAGGCCCUCCACAGACAAUCACAAUCAGUCCUCGCGGUGCCAGCGAAGGCGUCGCUGUCUGUGCAGUCCUCCCAUUCAGAGCUGGAGUGGAAGAUGGCGUCAGUGGCAUAUUUUUAAUGUUUUACAGUUUAAUGUACAUAUGAAAUGUUCACCUGUUUUUCAGAAGUCAAAGGCGCAGCCUGCUUUUUCAUGCCUCCAUAUUUAAAGAAGGUAACAGAGAUAAGACUGUGGGAGGGGGUUAAUGUAAUUUUUCAAAGGUUGUACACAGCUCAGACUGCAGUGUUAUGGAUGUUCAAUACCUCAGUUACAUGUCAUCACCCCGUCACGACAGAGCAGCUUGUUUUUUCCCAUGGUUCCACGAGGCCUUUGCUCAGCUGUGCUAUAAAGCUUUGCAGCACAGCAGGUCAGAGUGAUUGAUGCAGCUGAUGUAGCGGUGGAGUAUUAAUGGUGUUUACCUUUUUAUGACUAGGGAGAAGAUAAAU